CUACUGACCAAUUUGCCUCUCAAAAACCAAACAAAACAACACAACACAACAACGCUUUCUAAAAGGAUAAAACCCUCAAAAAUUCCCAAAUUCCCAUUUCCCACUCUCCCUUUUGCUUUCCUCUUAAUUACGCUACCUUAAUCUCCGAUGGUGAAAUCCGCGGCGGACCGCCAGGGAUCUUCGGUGGCGCCAUUUCUUAAGAAGUUGUACGAUAUGGUUGAUGAUGAUUCCACCAAUUCAAUCAUCUCUUGGACUUCUUCUAACGAUAGUUUUACCAUCUUGGAUAUUACCCAAUUCUCCCUUCACUUGCUUCCUAAGUACUUUAAGCAUAGCAAUUUCUCUAGCUUCAUGCGCCAGCUUAAUAUCUAUGGUUUUCGGAAAAUUGAUACUGAUUGCUGGGAAUUUGCAACUGAUGGAUUCGUUAAAGGACAAAAACAUCUGUUGAAGAGUAUCUACCGAAGGAAAAACAUCCAGGGCACAGAUCAGCGGAAAGCAUUGCAGCCUCAAGACAAUUCUGAAGGACAAGUUGAACUACCUGAUUAUUCAGGGCUGUGGAAGGAAGUUGAGAAUCUUAAAAUAGAUAAAAAUGCUGUAAUGCAGGAACUGGUUAAACUUAAGCAACACCAAGAAACUUCAGAGAACAAGUUGCUCCUAUUGAGAGAGCGCCUUCAAGGUAUGGAAAAGAAUCAACAGCAGAUGCUGUCAUUUUUAGUAAUGGCAGUGCAAAGCCCUGGAUUUUUGGUUCAGUUUCUUCAACCAAAAGAGAAGAGUUGGCGCAUGGCUGAUCCUAGCAACAUGCUCGAGCAAAUAUCAGAUGAUAAUCAAGUACCUUCAAAUGGUAUGAUAGUCAGGUAUCAACGACCAUUAGAUGAAUUGUCAACAACUCUACUUCCACCAGUGACGGGUCCGGGAAAACAACAAGAAUCUGAACCUUUUCCUGAUGGAAUGAAAGACUUUUUCCUUAAUUCUGACUUCAUGAAAGUGCUUAUGGAUGAAAAAGUGUGUUUAGACAAUCACAGUCAAUUUGUUCUUCCAGAUGUACAAGAUGUUGCAUGGGAGCAGCUUCUUCUAGCUAACCCUUUUUCUGGGAAUUCAGAAAAUGGUAGAAAAGUAGACCAUGAAAGGAGAUAUACAGACAGUGAGGACGAUGAACUGGAUAUGGAAACUAUCGAUACUCGAACUCAUGAAGAGAACUCCCAAGAUUUUGAACUUCUAAUCAGGCAAAUGGAGAAAUGUGAAGAUUUUGAGAUACAAACAAGGUUGGAUGAAUCUUAUAUUGAGAAUUCAAAUGAUGUUCAUCUUCUAACCCAACAGAUGGACCUUUUGGCAUCUGAUCGAGAAAUCCUCUAUGAAACACCAGACAAGAUGCGAACCCUUUAAAAGAAUGAUACAUUUUCGUUGGUUUUAUAAUAUACUUCAACAAUAUAAGCUCUCAAAGAUCAAUAUAUGUUUCUUUUUUCUCUUCACUAUCCACAUUGAGUAAUCAUGGUUGGCUAUGAAGUGAAGGUGAUUAAGCCGUAGCCAUUUCGAUGUCUUGAGAGCAGAGUAUUGCAUUCCAAACAGGUUUGUGGAAUUUCAGCCAUCUUUUUCUUGGUGCUACCACAAGGUAAUGCUUUUGUUUCAACUUUCAAGCAUUAUAUUUUGUGGGCCUUCAUGAAUUUUAAUCAACACAUAGUAUAUAGUAUCAAUUUUGUAGAAGUGGUUUCUCCAUUGCUUCUUGCCUGCCUUGCUCCAUAUGUUUUUCUAUAAAGCUAGGCAGACACUCCUCUUGUUAUGAUUGCUUGAUAUAAAGUUUGAUGCUCAGAAUCUCUUACAUGCGGUGCCCGUGUACACAUAUACCCAACACCCAAACUGAAUUUUGUUGGUUAUAAUAACAUACCACAAAUUAUAUUUGUUCUUUCUUCUUUA